AUGAAAUCCAUAAUUUGGUUUUCUCUUUUCACCGCCGCUUUUUCUAUUACAAACCCUCACUUACCACAACAUUCCAACAUGUCCAGCGAAAACGACACCCUUUCAGAAGGGCAAUACUACCGAGGCGGAGCAGACGACCUGCGCUCCCCAUGCCCAAUCAUCAACUCCCUCGCAAACCACGGCUACAUCGCUCGCGACGGCCGUAACAUCACCGGGAUCCAACUGAAGGCAGCGCUAGAACACAUCGGACUCGGCUUCGACACGGCAGGAGGCCUCGUCAAGAUCGCGUUCCAAGACCACGUCGACCCACCCGAAGGCACCCCACGCACAACAGCCAACUUCGGUCUGCGCGACGCCGGCCAAGUCAACGAAGACGGAGACCCCGUGCUAAACCUCGAUCAACUCGGCCGUCCACACGCCAUCGAGCAUGACGUCUCCGUUACGCGACAAGACCGCGCGUUGGGCGAUUACAUCCAUCUCAAUCCCGACCUGUACCAGCAACUUCUCGCGUCUUCUAGCAAUGGGACGUCAUUUUCUAUCUCGGAUAUCGGAAACCUGCGUAAGAAACGGUUCGAGCAGUCGAAGAGGGAUAACCCGGAGCUGGAUUUGGACAAGAGGAUGCAUUAUAUCGCUUGCGCUGAGGUUGGGGGUAUCAUGGGCGUAUUUGGGAAGGGGCUCUACCAUGUUCCGAAGGAGUAUAUAGAGGCGAUCUUUGGUGAGGAGCGGUUACCGUUUGACGAGGGAUGGCGGCCAAGAUGGACGAAGUUGUAUUUGCCCGAGGCUGGGGCGGUGACUUUGGCUAUUUCGCAUUAUGCGUGGCCGUUUUAG